GGCCGAAGUGCACUUUGUCACUUUGUCUUGGGGCCCCCUGGGGCGACCAGGACGGUGCCUGCCCACAGGUACGUCCUGGCUGUCGCAGCUCCGUCUUCUAUGCCAUGUUCUACGCGGACCUGGCGGAAGUCAAAUCUGAAAUUCACAUUCCGGACGUGGAGCCCGCAGCCUUUCUGAUCCUGUUAAAGUACAUGUACAGUGAUGAGAUCGAUCUGGAAGCUGACACGGUGCUGGCCACACUCUACGCUGCUAAGAAGUACAUCGUCCCAGCAUUGGCAAAAGCCUGUGUCAACUUUCUGGAGACAAGUUUGGAAGCCAAGAACGCCUGUGUCUUGCUGUCCCAGAGCCGGCUGUUUGAGGAGCCUGAGCUGACGCAGCGCUGCUGGGAGGUCAUCGAUGCACAGGCCGAGAUGGCCCUACGGUCCGAAGGCUUCUGUGAGAUAGACCGGCAGACGCUGGAGAUCAUUGUCACUCGGGAGGCCCUCAACACCAAGGAGGCAGUGGUCUUCGAGGCCGUCCUGAACUGGGCCGAGGCAGAGUGCAAGAGGCAGGGGCUGCCAGUCACCCCACGAAACAAGAGGCAUGUUUUGGGGCGAGCCCUCUAUCUGGUCCGAAUUCCAACCAUGACCCUAGAGGAGUUUGCCAACGGCGCUGCCCAGUCAGACAUCCUGACUCUGGAGGAGACCCACAGCAUCUUCCUGUGGUACACGGCCACCAACAAGCCCCGCCUGGACUUCCCCCUGACCAAGAGGAAGGGCCUCGCCCCGCAGAGGUGCCACCGAUUCCAGUCUUCUGCCUACCGCAGCAACCAGUGGCGGUACCGCGGGCGCUGUGACAGCAUCCAGUUUGCAGUGGACAGAAGGGUAUUUAUUGCAGGGCUGGGCCUGUAUGGGUCCAGCUCUGGAAAGGCUGAGUACAGCGUGAAGAUUGAGCUCAAGCGGCUCGGAGUGGUUCUGGCUCAGAACCUGACCAAGUUCAUGUCAGACGGAUCCAGUAACACCUUCCCGGUCUGGUUUGAACACCCGGUCCAGGUUGAACAAGACACCUUCUACACGGCCAGUGCCGUCCUGGAUGGCAGCGAACUCAGCUACUUUGGGCAGGAGGGGAUGACAGAGGUGCAGUGCGGAAAGGUGGCCUUCCAGUUCCAGUGCUCCUCGGACAGCACCAACGGGACUGGGGUUCAGGGUGGGCAGAUCCCCGAGCUCAUCUUCUACGCCUGAGCUGUCCGGGAGGCUGCAGCAGAUGGGCAAGUGAGUGGAGCGGAAGUCAAUGUACUAACUGCUCUUAAGCUUGUCUCUCUCUGACAUGUAGUCAGCUGAAACUUGAUUGUGUAAAGUAGAGGCCUUUUCCACACAGCCAGAGCCCGGGGAUUGGAGUCGUAGGCAUCUCUGGUACACUGGGGUGCACGCCUCAGGUGGAGGAAGAUUUAGGGCACAAGACAGGCCCCAGAUCCCCUCCCAGUGGCACCCACACCACCUGCUUUGAGGGGUUGGAUGUUCCUGCCACCUCUUGGAUUCUAAGUGGUUCCAAGCUUAACUUGAGACCUUCCCUUCAAAUCUAAAAUCGGCAAAAAGUCACUUAAAAUAGUGGACUUCUGUAAUAAAGGUUGCCUAAAAUAACA